AUGUCAAGCAAAGCGGCUGUGCCAUUUUCCAGAGACGCCUUGGAGCAGGUGUUGAAGAGACGUGUCAGUGGUCUCUAUGACUACGGUCCUCCAGGGUGUGGUUUCCAGGCCAACAUCGUGGACACGUGGAGAAAACACUUUAUAUUGGAGGAGGACAUGUUGGAGGUCGACACCACCAUGUUGACGCCGUACGAGGUGUUGAAGACCUCCGGCCAUGUGGACAAGUUCACCGACUGGAUGUGUAAGGACUUGAAGACUGGUGAGAUCUUUAGAGCCGACCACUUGGUGGAGGAGGUUUUGGAGGCCCGUUUGAAGGGCGACAAGGCCGCCCGUGGCCAGCAGGUCGAGGAGAAGGACGACAAGAAGAGAAAGAAGAAGGUCAAGGAGAUCAAGAACGUCAAGUUGGAGGAUGCGGUUGUGGCCGAGUACGAGUCUCACGACAUCACCAACCCUGCCACCGGCGGUAAGUUGGAGCCUCCUGUGGAGUUCAACCUUAUGUUCGACACUGCCAUUGGUCCCUCUGGUCAGUUGAAGGGCUACCUCCGUCCCGAGACCGCUCAGGGCCAGUUCUUGAACUUUGCCAAGUUGUUGGAGUUCAACAACGAGAAGAUGCCUUUUGCCUCUGCUGCCAUUGGCAAGUCCUUCCGUAACGAGAUCUCCCUCUUCUUGAUGGCCGAGAUUGAGCACUUUGUCGACCCCGAGGACAAGAGCCACCCCCGUUUUGCCGAGGUCAAGGACUUGAAGUUGAAGUUCUUGCCUAAGGACGUCCAGGAGGCUGGUUCCAACACUUUGGUCGAGAAGACCAUUGGCGAGGCUGUUUCCACCGGUAUGGUCGACAACGAGACCUUGGGUUACUUCAUUGCCAGAAUCUACCAGUUCCUCAUUAAGAUCGGUGUGGACUCCAACAGAUGCAGAUUCAGACAGCACUUGUCGAACGAGAUGGCUCACUACGCCUCCGACUGCUGGGAUGCUGAGUUGGAGACCUCCUACGGUUGGGUGGAGUGUGUUGGUUGUGCUGACCGUUCUGCCUACGAUUUGUCUGUUCACUCUGCCAGAACCAACGAGAAGCUCGUGGUCAGAAAGCCAUUGGACCAGCCUCGUACCGUCAACAACUUCGAGGUCGACAUUGACAAGAAGAAGUUCGGUCCCAAGUUCAGAAAGGACGCUGGUGCCGUCACCAAGUUCUUGACCGACAGAACCCAGUGUGAGUUGGAGGACUUGGCCAAGGAGUUGGCUGACACCGGUAAGAUUUCCGCUGAUGUGCCUAAUGUUGGCCAGGUUGAGGUUCCAGCCGAGCUUGUCAAGAUCGAGAGAGUCGAGAGAACCGAGCACGUUCGUGAAUUCACUCCUAACGUCAUUGAGCCUUCUUUCGGUCUUGGCCGUAUCAUCUAUUCCAUCUUUGAGCACAGCUUCUGGGCUAGACCCGAGGACAAGGACAGAUCUGUUUUGUCGUUGCCUCCUUUGGUGGCUCCUACCAAGGUCUUGGUGGUGCCAUUGUCUUCCCACGCUGACUUGACUCCACUUGUUGGUAAGAUCACCUCUGCCUUGAGAAAGGCCCAGGUUCCAUUCAAGGUGGACGACUCUUCCGCUUCCAUCGGUAAGAGAUAUGCUAGAAACGACGAGUUGGGUACUCCUUUCGGUAUCACCAUUGACUUUGACACUGUCAAGGACGGUUCCGUUACUUUGAGAGAGAGAGACUCCACCAAGCAGGUGAGAGGUUCUCUUGACGACAUUGUCAAGGCCGUCAAGGCCAUCACCUACGACGGUGUUUCAUGGACCGAGGGUACUUCCCUGCUCACUCCUUUUGAGACUGUCACUGAGGAGAAAUAA